UAACACCAAGCCCUGGCAAGACUUGCUUCAAUGAGCAGAGCUGCCAGGGUGUCAAAACCACGUGGUGUCUGCUUUCCACAGGAAAAGGAACCCAAAGCGCCUCGGUUUGCAACCCCAAACCCACAUGACUGAUUGUUUAGUGUAGAGGCUCUAACAGCUAAUAUUUAUUCGCGGAUCCAGUCCCCCACAUCCCUCACCCUCCCCCCCUCGUGCGCCUUAGUUGUUUGCCCUUUAUAUACUACUAUCUCCUCUCUUUCAUUUCCUUGUCAAAGCACACAACUCUAAACAGAGCCAAUACCACAAAAUAGAACAAAAUACCAGUAGCCCCAAAAAAGAUGGUUGGCGUUUUCAGGCGGUCACUCUCUUUCCCUAAUAAAACCCCUAGCCGUCCAUCCAAACCACCAAUUUCUCACCACAUCAGAUCCAUCUCUCUUCCAUGCAGAUCACAUCCCUUGAUUUCCCAACUCAAAGACGAAAUCACUGAGCUCAAAACAUGGUCAACCAAUCCUGAUAACCGAACCUCGGCUUGGCUUUGUGAUGGCUUGAGUCGCCUGAAGGACGUUCAUGAUUCUUUCCAUGAUAUUCUUCAGCUCCCACAGACCCAUGAGUUGGUAAGCCAUAAGCGUGAAUGGGUUGAGAAGCUUCUUGAAGAUUUCCUACAUUUUGUUGAUGUUUAUGGGAUAUUCCAAACAUCAUUUCUUGCACUUAAAGAAGAGCAACUCGAAGCGCGGGUGGCUCUAAGGAGAAAAAACGACUCAAAGAUUGCCAUGUAUUUGAAAGGUCGCAAGAAGAUGGUUAAAGAGAUAGCUAAACUCGUCUCCACAAUCCGAUGCAUUGGGCAAUACUCAUUUCCCGUAUCAGCUUCGGUGGCAAUUGCAGAUACUAAGCUGGCUGGUGUUAUCAGCGAUGUUAUUGAAGUGACUGUUUCAGUUUCACUGGCGCUUUUCAAAGGGAUUUCCAUGUCAUUUACUUCGAGAAAAUCGUCUUGGAUGCCGUUGACGUUGUCAAAGAAAGCCAAGAAGGUUAAGAUUGAGGAAAGUAUUAAAGAAUUUCAACAAAUUGGUGAAGCUAACAUGUGGGGUUUGAGAAAGAAGGGAGAUGAAGAAGUGAGGAUGGUUUUGAAGAGAAUGCAAGACUUGGAAAGGUGCAUGGCUGAUGUUGAAAGUGGCAGUGAAAAAGCUUUUAGGAGUUUGAUAAACACUAGGGUUUCAUUGCUCAAUACUCUCACCAAGCAGGAAGUAAGUAGUUAUUAACAUUAUUGUACAUCGCAAACAAAUAUGACAUCAUUUUAUUCAUUGAUAAUGUGUAAAAUUUAUAUAUUAAUAGUAUAUCAAAUAUAUCUCACAAGACAAAAUAGAGAUGUAAUUUGUCUUUUGUUUUUGUAAACUCUAUCUUCUGUUUUUCGAAUGGUGUACAGUCUUCAUUUUCUUUAAAUUUUGGCCUUGAAAACAAAUUAUCAAUGUUAUCUCUUGCUCUUAAAUUUGUUACUAUUACGUUGGCAACAAUUGAAACGGAGCUUCAGUUUUCUAAAGCCCAAGAUAUUACAAUCUGCUUCCUGUGAGAAAUUAAAAGCAUACAAUUAAUUUGUAGCAAUUGUCAUUGGCUCCAAAUCUGAUAGUACUUAAUAAAUAGUAAUAUACUAAUUUCGCAUUGCAUUGCUAAUAUGACUCCCCAGAAAUUUUAUAUUCAAGUCAAUGACCAAAGGAAUCAUAAUUGAGUGUCUAAGUUGAA